UCACGUGAUAGCAGUAGUGCGCAUGCGGACAAUUUGAACCGGCGCCAUUUUUGACUGUUAUUCAGAAGUUACGAGAGAUUUCCUGCCGUUUUUUAGCCUAAAACCUCCAAUUUUCACAGUGUGACCAUGAGACGCUCCAGUGCCAGCAGUGGCCGCUCGUCCCUCGCCCCCAUGCGGGUGAAGAACGACAACGGCCAGAACGUCCGGCGUACAACCGGCUCGUCCCAUCGCCAGUCCGCCGUGCCGCGGCCGUGGUCCAGCUUCGGGCGGCAGAGCUUCGGCCGUCUGUCCACGGGCAGUUCCACUGGCAUCCCGCGGGCCUCCAACAUCCGGGGGAAGGGCAUGGGCAUGGGGGCGAGUCAGAGACGUUCCAGUGCGUACGGUAAGAGUCGUAUUGGAGACUCGAUGAAGGACCCCCGUAAGCUGUCCGACCGGAGUCUGCAGCACAGGAUGACUAAAGACAUCAUUGAGUUCCUGUCCAUGCAGGGUUUCCCCCACCAGAUCUCCCAGAAACUGAUGUCGCCUCCCACCACAAAACUCUUCACCGCCAUCGUACAGUUCCUGUACGGCCAGUUCCUCGACCCUUCCUUCCAGAUCCUCAAGAAGUUUGAAGAAGAGAUACCUAGGAUCUUCAAGGAUCUCAGAUAUCCCUUCCCCCUCAGUAAGAGUCAGAUGUUCACCAUCGGAACCCCCCAUACAUGGCCUCAUAUUCUGGGAGCUCUGCACUGGCUACUGCAGCUGGUCAAGUACUCCAUGAGGGUUGAUGGAGACAAGCUCAUGUUCAACGAGGACUUCGAGUCCAACUCAGAAAACAAGAUCCUGUUUGAGUACAGCAGCGAGGCGUACAAGUGUUUCCUGGAGGGGAACGAUGACAUGAUGUCCCAGUACGACCAGAGGAUGGAGGACGAACUCAGAGCCAGUGGUAUAAAGGCUGAGGACCUGCAGACUCUGGCUACUGAGAACAUGAAGCUGCAGGAAGAACUGGAGCAGCUGGAGAAGCAGGAGGACCCCCUGAUUGCUGCCACCACCCUGCGUGACCAGCUGAAGGAAGAUGCCAAACAGCUGCAGGACCACCUGGAGAAGGUGGAGCACCAGAAGAGUGGGCUGGUGCAGAACGCUGCACACCUGGAGGAGGAGCUGCAGAUCAAACGCCAGGAGCUUGAGACAGAGCAGAAAGAGAAUGUACGUCUGCAGCAGAUCUUCGACACGCAGGAGUUCUCCCCGAUGGACGUGGAGCUGAUGAACCGCCAGCGCCAGCAGCUCAGCGUGACCUUAGACGACCUCAACAAGGAGAUCGAGCGGCUGGAGCAGCAGUGCUGGGAGCUGGAGAUGAAACAGUCCAAGCAGAGGGAACAGAUGCAGUCAGUAGUGCAGGAGUACAACAUGCUGGCACGGCAGCUGAAGCUCAUCCCCCCGACCGCCGAGAACGCACACGGCAUGGACUACGAGAUGCGCCUUGUGUUCAACGCAGGGAGCACGGCCAACCAGGUCGCCAUGGUCGACUUCGUAGGGACCAUCAAGCCUGCCCUGAUCCAGAUGAGGAAGCAGAUUGCAGACACCUGCCACAGCAUCGAGGCUGCCAGGCUCACUGAGGAGGAGUCACUCGAACAGAUCACAGACAUGAUAAACGAUAAGAAGGAGGAGCUUGGCCUGAUGGAGACCCGGCUGCGCAGGAUUGAGGAGGAACUGGACCACAAGAAGGAGAUGAUGGCCAGAGAGUACAAGAAGCAUGCCGACGAGGUCCAAGACGUUCAGAACCAGCUGCAGGAGAUGCGCCUCACCCACCAGGAACUGGAGGCUAAGAAAGACGAGGCCUACAAGGAGCUGCAAGUGUCGCACCAAGCAGCCGUGGCCAAGGUCAAGGAGUGGGAGAGGGAGGAGACGGAGUAUGUGGACUUUCUGGUACACUGUGUGGAGCUCGUCUGUGCGCAUCAGGACAAGAUACAGGACCACUUCUCCAAACUCCAGGCCCAGGCCAUGGCUACACUCCAGGAGACGCAGCAGAUAGAAGUGCCCACCUCCCAACUCCUGUCCAACACUGACCAACAAGACUAGUUCUGAACCUCAGAAGUGCCCACCUCCCAACUCCUGUCCAACACUGACCAACAAGACUAGUUCUGAACCUCAGAAGUGCCCACCUCCCAACUCCUGUCCAACACUGACCAGCAAGACUAGUUCUGAAC